AAAAAUUAUCUACAUUUUUGUUGCAUAUGAAGCGACUCAAUAUAAAAUUUUGGCUUUUAUUAUUAGCUACCACCAACUCUGUAAUAGCACAGGUAGCUUCUGACGCUAGAUUUAGUGCAUCAUGUGGUUACUUGGUAAAAAAAAUAUUUUGUUUUGGGGGUGCUGUAAAGAUCUCAACAGGUAUUCCGUCAGACGCAAUGUCUAUCCUUGAUCUUACAAUGUACAGCGGGAAGACCACCGAUGAGUUAGCUACAAAGUGGGUGAGACUCUACACAAAUACAGAAAAUCAAAAUAUACUUCCCAGAAGUAAUCCUCAGUCUACGCAACUUCCGGAUGGAAAAACCUUGUUGAUAGUCGGUGGCGACAUUUCAGGAAACGCAUCUGGCAUACCUCAGACUUUAUCCUUCAAUGGUGAGACUCUGUCUUGGGACUUUUAUCCAAAUUUUGAAGAUUCCUCUUUUGGCAAUAGGCAAAUCUCAAAUGCGGCUUCAGUGUAUGUUCCCGAAUACGGUUUUGUGCUUUAUGGAGGCCUAGAAGUGAAUUACAAUAAUAAUUUUACUUAUCCUGGCAUAAAUGCAACAAACUAUAUAGACGAUGGUCUGCAACAACGGUUCAUUGGAUACACAAAGCUAGAAGCGUUGGACAUUAGAAACACAGGAAAUCCUUGGAGACCUAGUAUUUCAGGAAAUAACGUACCCAACAUUUUCCCUAACCGUCAAGCAGCAAUAUUUGAUGCUAAAAACAACGCUGUCUUUUUCUUUGGCGGCUCACAUCCUGACGCUACAAAUACUUUGCAAAGUCUAUUUACUUUUGAUACAGCAAUUACAUUCAAUUUUACGACCAAAAACUGGGGGGUACAAAACUUAAACGGACAAGGACCAUCUCCACGAUAUGGACACUCGGCCAAUGUGGUGGGCCCAGAUAAAAGACAUGUUCUCAUAUACGGUGGACAAAAUGAGGACUCAAAGAGACCUUUAUCCGAUUACUGCUAUGUUUUAGAUCUUGACACUUAUCAAUGGACCCAGCAGACAAUUCCAGCAUCAACUGGUGUGGUUUUGGCCAGAACCAAGCAUUCAGCUGUUACUAUAACCGACAACAUGUUGUUUAUAGUGUAUGGUGUAGAAACCGAAAUUAAGUUGGCCGAAAAACUAUUCAUACUGAACGUUACAGAUCCUUUAAACAUCACUUUAUUUGAUACAUUUAUUGAUCCCGCUUCUGUUGUACCAGCAAAUACAACAUCUCAACCCACUUCUGAAACAACCCCAAAUUCUAACAGUACAACAUACCUCGCUGAUGCUUCAAAAAAAGGGUUGACCUCUGGUGCUAUAAUUGGCAUCGCUGUUGGUAUCUCUGUUGCAGGUUUGAUAGCUAUUGCUACCAUAAUUUUUUGUAUCAUAAAGAAAAAGAACAAGAAAAGAGUUGAAAAGGAAAGAGAAAAAGAAAAGUUAAAAGAGGACUCUCUUAUGGAGGUUAACUGGGAUGAGUUAGAAAACAAAUACGCGGAAGCACCUCCUACACACUAUCCCGAAGGUCAUUUCAGAUACUCCUCUCAGCUACCAGAUGGUAUAUCCGAAAAUGAAACUACACAAACACCAGAUUCCUCAAGUGCCUUAAGAACACAGAGUGAGACAAAGGUACAGCGCCCAGACGUUCCUGAUAAUUACAAGGCAAGUCGUGUGAACUGAGACCAAUGUAUAAAAAACCAGCUAUGUUAAACAAUCUUCAGAUCGUUGGAUAGACUAUUAAUAAAAGUUAGUUUAUUCGCGACAUACAUAUAAAAUAUUCCAUUAAUUGAGGGACGCAAAAUAACAUGAUCCCAAUACGUCA